UUCAUUCAUAGCAACCAUAAAUCGAUUGAAUGGCAAAUAUAGUUAUUAACUUGAAAGGUAUUAAGAGUAGGAUAUUAUGAAAGGAAUAUAAGAGAUGUUUUUUUUUUUAAAGUUGGAGAUUGUGAUAUAAGUUUUAUUAUGAAUUAUUAUGUUUAAUAUGACAUUGAAAAUAAACUUGGACAACGUUUAUCAAUUUAGAAACACAGUGUAAAUCAACUAAACGAACAGAUUUUAACAAGACAACAAUAUGGCGGAGGGUGGACAAAUAGAUACGGAUAUUCUUUCCGAUGAAGCAUUUGAUGUAUUAUGUUCAAUGUGUAAAAAUCAAGGCAAAAACACUGAAGGUGAACAAUACUGUGUAGAUUGUAAAGAUUAUUUCUGUGUUAGUUGUGUCAAAGUUCACAGUAAAGUGCCUUUAUGUGCUGGUCACAAGGUGCUAGAUAAAUCUCAGAUCAAGUCAAGAACCAGCAAAGGUCUGCCGAGGGCACCGACAGAGAGAUGUGACAGACACAGUCAUAAACACAUUGAUAUGUACUGUCAGAAACAUGAUACUGUUGGCUGUUCUACAUGUAUGGCAGUUGAUCAUAGAUUAUGCAAAGAUACAUUCUACAUACCAGAAUUUAUCCAAAACAAUACUUACCAAGUAGUUGCAACCAGAGAAAUUCAAACAAAACUGAAAGCCUUAGAUACCAUCCUUGCAGAAAAAGCUGAUAGAUUUAAACAGGAUAAACAAAGGCUGCUAAAGAGAAAAGCAGAAAUACUGGCUGAUAUUAGAAAAUUCCGUCAAGAAAUCAACGACCAUCUUGACAAGCUGGAGAAAAGUUCUAUAAAUGAGAUAGAAGAUAAAGUCAAAAGUCUUGAAGACAAGAUUAAAGAUAGUCUCAAACAGCUACAAGCAAACAAAUCCAGGAUUACAUCAAUAAAUGAUAAGUUAACAUCUACAAACACAAAUCAAUCUGAAGUGUUUGUUUAUGUGAAGAUGGCAGAAGAUGCUGCAACUGUUGCCUACAAAUAUAUAGAUGAUUCAGAAUUACAAUGUACAACAGAAGACAUAGAAUAUCAACCUGAUAUAACAAUUCCUACGCAGCUAGAAGAAAAGAAAACCCUGGGCACAUUAGCAAAGAAACAUACAAAGACUUCUGUCAGUUUAUUUCAGAUUUAAGAAAAUAAAUCAUAUAAUGUAAAAAUUAAGUCUGAUAAAAACAAUUGUUAUAUCACAAGUGCCUGUUGUAUGGAAGAUGGUACAAUAAUUCUAGCUGAUUACAACAACGUCAAGCUAAAACUAUUACACAGUUAUAACUAUACUGUCACUGAGUAUUGUGAUCUACCUGACGUGCCAUGGCAAGUGUGUAUUAUCAAAAACACACAAGUAGCAGUAACCAUGCCAUCAAAAAAGGAAGUUCAUUUCAUUUCAUUAGAAGGACAAAUGAAAUCAACAAACAAGAUUAACACCGCUUUUGACUGUUAUGGUAUUGCAUAUGCUAACAAUACUUUAUAUAUUUCAGAUGGUUACAUAUCAGUAUAUAUGUAUACAUUGUCUGGUAUUGAGCUUAACCAGUUCAGUAAGGAUCAGUCAGGACAUAAGCUGUUCACUAACAUACGCAGUAUAGCUGUCAGUCAGGAUGCUACAAGAAUUUAUGUUGCUGACUAUAAUAAUGGACUGAUAGUACUGGACAACAAUGGCAAGGUUAUAACAUCAUUUGAUGAUGAACAAUUAAAGAAGGCUAACUGUUGUUAUCUCACUGAAGCAGGCAGUGUGCUGGUAUCAGGAUUGGACUCUAAUAAUGUUUUACAGUUUACAUGUGAUGGUGAACUGAUAGGAGAGAUAAUACAAUUUAAAGCUGAUAAUCGAAAAACGAGAAUUUUGUCUGUGCUGAUUAGAAUGAGUGGAAAAUGGGGAAUAACGUUAGUCUGUUGUAAUCAACAAAUGACUAAGAUGUGUAUAAGAAAACGGGGAGACGACAACAUUGAAGUGUAUGAUAUCUAGAAUGUUAAGUUAAAGCCUACAAAAAACAAUUUCGUAUGAUUUAAGAAUAAUUUGAUUCAUAAGUAAAAGCAUUAUUCAAACAUAAAAUGUGGAACCUCCACACACAAAAAAAGACAACAAAAAUCACUGUCUUAGCCACAAAUAGCAAAAAUCAGCAAAAAUCAAGCAUAAUUUAGACACUAAGAGAAAAGUUAUGAUCAUCAUCGGCGAUGACACGGCAACCCCGACAUGACUGUUACAAUACUUCUAUUUUUAUCUUCCAAAAAAAGUCGAGUUAAAAUCCAUCUAUGUUCUUGUAACAUAUUUCUGUCUUUCAGACCCAUGGCAUGAUCAUUAUUUUUGUAUGUUUUGUUUAGAAGAUUUUUAAGUAACAUCAUUUUAAAGGCAGAAACUGUUUUGUUGUUAUCAUUUACUACAGAUAUCAUUGACUAUCUGACAGCACAAAAGUAUUUUUCUAGUUAUUUAUUGAAGCUCUAAAUAAAAGACAACAAAAACUCAGUUAUCCUGACAAUAUGACUAC